AUGAACGUCGGUCGAGGUAUCCUCGACGGUGUAGUUGAUGCUCAAAACUACUACGAAGGGUCGUGGAAUGUGUACCGGUUUGAUGCGGAUGCCGUGUUCCUCACAUUUUCAAAGUAUUGCUAUGAAGGUAGCCAGGAGAACUGCUCAUUCUGGGCGCCUUCGGAGCGAAUCAUCACAGAUCGUGUUGACAGUCUGCUCAUGGAGCUCAAGCAGCAGCCUGUAUCGGUAACUGGCAUCCAGCAGGACGGAACGACAAUUGGUCUGGCGGCGUAUUCAGGCCUCAAGCAAACGAUGCUUUUCGCAUUGUAUUCUCCUCUGACACGAUUUCCGGUACUAGCGGCUGCUCUUACGGUCUUUGAAAGCGGCAACGAUUCACUCAUUACGACCAUAGCAGUGAACUAUCUGUGGGGUGCGGAUGCGGCCACGCGGAUAAAGUGCGUUGACUUCUACGGCAAUUAUAAAACCACGAGCAUCGACGAGUUUCAAGGUUGGGUCAACAUCCAGACGGCACAAAGCAAGCUGUUAGGAGACACUUGGUUGACUAAUGCUGCUCUCGUUCUCUGCCGAUUCCUCGACUUGGAUUUCUCCAGAAGGGGUAGUUUCCCUGGUCUGUGA